AUGGCCAAUCAAUUCUGUCCAUAUUCUGAGCUUCAGUUAAUGGAAAAGAUCAAUUGUUUACUCUCUUGCGUCGAUGCUUCUCUUUCACUGAAAAUAUCGCGUUGCAAACGUGUGAUACGUUUCAUAAACUUGAAAACAGCAGAGAAAAGAAAAACGCUGACAAAUAUGUUUUACCUAAAAACAUAUUAUUGUACUAAGUGA